UUAGAUUGCAUAUUCAUCGCUUGGAUGUUAUCAGUAUUACGUCAUCACUGCUCAGCUGUGUUUGUGAGUUCGUGGGUUAGUCUGCUGUGGACGAAUGUGUUACCUAUAGAAGUUUCUCCCCCAAUCUAUUCAAGUUAAAAAGUACCAAAAGGUAGUUAGGCAAAAGCCAUGGCCUCUGCAGUCUUUCGCCCGUACCCUAUCUGCGAAUGGAAGGCAUCAUACUACCAAGACUCCUUGCGGAAGUGGGUCUACAACGGAACGUUAACAGUCACCGCCGAGGCAAUCAUUUUCCAUGACACCCCUUCAAACACUGUCACAACCAUCCAUUUUGAGGACAUCACUGAAGUAAAGCGGCGUACGUCGAUGCUCAUCUUCAGUGCAGUAACUGUGACAACGCCGGACGAGAUACACUGGUUCUCGUCCCUCGCGAACCCAAUGUCCGUCUACAAGACCCUCGAACACUUCUGGAGAGAGAGGCUCAUCCCGACAAAAAGAUCGCAAAGCAGGGAACUCUUACAGAGCAGUGAAGUGACGUCCAAACUCGGGCAGGAGAUGCUCAGUCUCAUGUACGACUCUUACGACACUCUCGGCGCCGCGGCAGACGAGCUUCUCCAUCAAGGCGAGCAGCUUGACGAUGUUUACAGAACCGUGGGCGAUAUCAAUCAGGACCUUGACGUGGCGGAAACGGUCAUCAGUGGGCUGGAAUCGUGGAUGGGAAGGUGGAAAGCGCCCGGGAAGAAGUCACGGAAGUUUGCCCAGGACACGGAGUUUGAUUGGAAAGCUACCUUUGUUGAGUACAGCAUUCUGUAUGCAAAGAAAGAGAAAGAUCAGUAUGUGCCGGGGUCCCUAACUGUGUCAAAAGAAACUAUUGACAUAAAGGACUCAAAGCAGAAGUUACUCCAGUCGUAUAGCUUAAGAGAAAUUUCGUCCGUUGUUGCAUCAUCGCCCUGGCGGGCAACCAUAAAGAAGAACAUGAUCGGCCAACCAGAUGUGGUGUUUCAUAUCUCGUCUGCUAAAAUGCCCCUCAUCCUACAAGCCUUGGACCACGUGAUUGGUCCAAAGAUUGAGUAUGAGGAGCCAGAAGAGCUGGUUAUGUGGGAUGGGACUCACAAAGCUACAGCACGGACACCCACAGCAACAGUCUCUGGAAGUCCAGAUGACCUUCCCCUCUCCAGCAUCCUGGAGAAAGAACACCUGACCAUACCUGGGCCAAUCACAGAGAGCCAGGACCAGAGGACUGUCCAAUCAGAGGAGAGUGUAGUUUCUGAGGCUGAAGCAAAAGAAAUCACCAACGUACUGUCCAGUCUGAAACUUCUGGCAAUGGAAACACAGACUCAGAUAGAUCUGCAGAGGGAAAAGAUAGAGUCUCUGGGCGAUGAAGUUGACAAAACUACUGGUAGGGUGAAUAAAGAUGUAAAGAGAAUGAAGAAAUUAAUGUGAUUAUUCCUAGCCUUUAUGUUGGUAAUGCUGGUAUGUUGUUUUUUCAACACUAGUUUGAACACAGUUGUAUAGGCUUUUAUGUAAUGUGAAAUCAAAUUACCCACCAAAAUGGUCACCUAGAUUCAAAUUAUGAUAAGCUUGUUCAUCAACAACGAGAACAAACCUCUAAAAAAACAAACUUAUACACUGCAUCCAGUGCUGUACAUUGUAUAUAUCUAUAUAUCUAUACAGUAAAGGUUUAUUCAUAAACGCUACAUAUACUAUAUUAGUCUAUAUUGUACAUAAUAUAAGAUGCAUAUUGUGUGUCGUAAAAUGUAACACAGACAUCAGGAAUAUCUGCAAUAAACACUGAUGUGGACUGUUUAUGACAUCAUUGAUAUUACCUUUGCUACUCAUUAUGAGUUGUGUUUUUUCCUUCUUCACCUUCCCAUAUCUUUUCAGUAUUACCGAUAUCUGAGUAGAUUUCAAUAUGUCAAGUACCAAGGUUAAGAUAGGUUUGAAAUUGAUUAUAAAACAGUCACUUGUCAGGUCCAUAAAAUACUGCUGGAUAUCAUUUACUUUUUUUUGCAAUUUGGAAAACAGAAACCUCUUUCCUAUCUUUUUCAAGGAAUAUAAGGUAAAUCUUAGUCUACCUUGGUCAAACUCAGAGAACUAAAUAUAAAACUUCUCCCAAUGUUACCCAAAAAUGUAUUUACAUAUAUGUGUAUUAGAUGAAAAUAUCUGAUGACAUAAAGUUACAUGUAGUAUCAAUCAGUUAUGUAGUUACAUGUUAGUAUCAAACAUAGACAUAAUUUUGAUAAAAUGUGGUCAAAAUAUUGAAAGGGAAAAUUAAGCCCUUACCUGUACAGGACAGGGUAUGAAUAAACAUGAUGAACUGA